CAACCCUGCGCACAGUUACAGUACGACUGUCAAAAGCGAUAAUAAAAGUUGUCUGCUCGGCAUUAAAAAAUUUUUGUAGCGCUGCUAAAUAUUUUCCAGCAUAUCGAAAAUAUGAUACGUGCACCGCUAGUGAAGGCGCUGGGCGCACUCGGCUCACCCACACAUCAGAUCGCCAGCCGAGCGGUGCGCACCAGCGCCGUCGUGGCCCAAACACCGGCCAAGGCGCCCGAGAAGAUCGAAGUGUUUGUCGAUGAUAUUCCCGUGAAGGUGUUGCCCGGCACCACAGUGCUCCAGGCUGCGGCUGAGAUUGGUGUGGAAAUUCCACGUUUCUGUUAUCAUGAGCGUUUGGCCGUCGCCGGCAAUUGUCGCAUGUGCCUGGUCGAGGUGGAGAAGUCACCGAAACCAGUGGCUGCCUGUGCCAUGCCCGUCAUGAAGGGAUGGCGCAUCAAGACCAACUCCGAUUUGACCCGCAAGGCCCGUGAGGGCGUUAUGGAGUUUCUGCUCAUGAAUCAUCCGCUGGAUUGCCCCAUUUGUGAUCAGGGCGGUGAAUGUGAUCUGCAGGACCAGGCCAUGGCCUUUGGCUCCGAUCGCUCACGCUUCACGGACAUUAACUACACGGGCAAGCGUGCUGUAGAGGAUAAGGAUAUUGGACCGCUGGUCAAGACAAUUAUGACACGUUGCAUUCAUUGCACACGCUGCGUGCGCUUUGCCUCCGAAAUAGCCGGAGUCGAUGAUCUGGGAACCACAGGACGCGGCAAUGACAUGCAAAUCGGCACCUAUGUGGAGAAGCUCUUCCUCACCGAGCUCUCGGGCAAUGUGAUUGAUCUGUGCCCCGUCGGCGCACUCACCAACAAGCCGUACAGCUUUGUGGCACGUCCCUGGGAGAUCCGCAAAGUGAGCAGCAUCGAUGUGCUCGAUGCCGUUGGCAGCAACAUCGUUGUGAGCACCCGCACCAAUGAGGUGUUGCGCAUCCUGCCACGUGAGAACGAGGACGUCAACGAGGAGUGGCUGGCGGACAAGUCGCGUUUCGCCUGCGAUGGUCUGAAGCGCCAACGUCUUGUGGCGCCCAUGGUCCGUAUGCCAAAUGGUGAACUGCAGGCUGUCGAAUGGGAGGGUGCUCUCAUUGCUGUGGCCAAGGCUCUGAAGAAUGCCAAAGGCCAGAUUGCGGGUGUUGCCGGUCAACUGGCUGAUGUGGAGGCAAUGGUGGCACUUAAGGAUCUGGUCAAUCGCCUGGGUGGUGAGAACCUUGUCACCGAACAGGACUUUAUCAAGGGCAGCGGCAUCGAUGUGCGCUCCAGCUAUCUGCUUAACAGCACCAUUGCAGGUCUGGAGCAGGCUGAUGCUGUCCUUCUUGUGGGCACAAAUCCCCGCUACGAGGCACCGCUGGUCAACACACGUCUGCGCAAGGCUUACGUACACAAUGAGCUGCAGAUUGCCUCCAUUGGUCCCAACAUCGAUUUGUCCUAUGAGCAUGAAAACUUGGGCGCCGAUGCCGGCCUCAUCAAGGAUGUCUGCAGCGGCUCUCAUGCUUUCUCCAAGGUGCUGGAGGGUGCUAAGAAGCCAGCGAUUAUCAUUGGCGCUGACCUCCUAGAGCGUCCCGAUGGUGCCGCCAUUCAUGCCACCAUUUCCGAGUACUGUCAGAAGAUUAGGAAGCCGGAUUGGAAUCCCUUCAAUGUCUUGCAUAACAGUGCUGCCCAGGUGGGCGCCUUUGAUGUGGGCUACCAACCGGGACUGCAGCGUGUGUUGCAAGGACAGCCAAAGGUGCUGUUCCUGCUGAACGCCGAUUCUGGUAAAUUGAGUCGCGAUCAGUUGCCCAAGGACUGUGUGGUUGUGUACAUUGGAUCCCAUGGUGACAAUGGUGCCUCCAUUGCCGACGUUGUGCUACCUGGAGCUGCAUACACGGAGAAGCAAGCGAUCUACGUUAACACAGAGGGCAGAUCACAGCAAACAUUGCCAGGCGUGUCGCCUCCAGGCAUGGCACGCGAGGAUUGGAAGAUUUUGCGCGCUCUCUCGGAGAUAAUGGGCAAACCAUUGGCUUAUGACACACUCGAUGAGCUGCGCUCUCGCCUCGAUGAUAUUGCACCACAUCUGACGCGUUUCGGCGAGCUUGUGCCGUCGGCCAACAGCGAAGCCAGCGCACAGACAACACCCAGCAAAUCCAUCAGUGGCGGCGCCAUCGACGUGAAGCUCAAGGAACUGCGCGAUUAUUUCAUGACCGAUGCCAUUUCCCGCGCCUCGCCAACCAUGGCCAAGUGUAUAUCAGCGGUCAACAAGCAGCAGCGACAGGAUGAGGCGGCCAAGCAGAGUGCAGCCAUCUAAACGGAUGCGGAUGCGGAUGCAGAUGCAGAUCUGAUCUGAUAUAACAUAAAUAUUAAAUAAUUAAUGUUGUUUCUUUUUUUUUUUUUUAAUUGGUAUCUUGUCAUUUUGCUCUUUACUCAAUUUAACCGAGCAGAGAUUAGCGGGCAGCAGAGAGAAGCAAGCAGAAACGAAUGCAAAAGAUGCUAUUUAAAAAAAUAUUGAGCGGACGUCGAGCAAUUUUGUAAAUGUCAUUGAUAUUGUUGUAAACAAACAAUUAUACAAUACGAAACUAGGAGAAAAAC